AUGGCUGGAAGAAAAAAAGCUCAUAAUAUGAGCCUAAACGAGAGCCAAAUGAGCACACCGAUAAAGCCUAAUGCCAAAAAAUCGAAAACCGAAAUAGAUGAUCCUGAAAUUGAUCUGAAAAAAUUGUAUAAUUUGGUUCUUGAAAUGAACAAAAAGCUUGAUAAGCUUGAAGGCAUCGAGAGGCAUGUCAAGAGAAUCAACAAGGAUAUAAGAGAUCUCAAAAACUCAUGCCAAUAUGCCCACGAUUCAAUAGAAGAGGUUCAAAAAGAACAAAACAAAUAUAAAGGCAAAAUGAAAGCAUUAGAGGAAAGGCUGGAGAAGAUUGAAGAUGAAAACAAAAAAAUCAAGCAAUCAACAGUUAACCUCCGAGCGAGGUCAAUGAGGAACAACCUCCUUUUCUUCAACAUUGAAGAAAAGGACCAAGAGAACUGCGAAGAUGAAAUAAAGAACAUUGUGGAACAAAUAGGGAUGGAGCCCUGGACUGUAGAGAUUGAACGAAGCCACAGAAUGGGCAAAAGGAGAGAAGAAAAACCACGGCCAAUUGUGGCGAAAUUCUUGCGUUGGCAAGAUAAGGAGAGGGUGAGAAAGUCCGCAUACAAACUUAAGGGAACCAAAAUUGGGAUUGCCGAGCAAUUCCCAAUGGAAAUCGAGGAAAAAAGGAAGGAGUUAUACCCAAUUCUAAAGCUAGCAAAAAAAGAAGGGAAGAAGGCGAAAAUAGUACGUGACCAGCUAUUCAUAGAUGGUCAAUGA